UACCGUUUUAUGCAGUCUGUACAGUCUGUAUGUAUGUUUAUUGAAAAUGGCUGAACGAUGUACCCAGUGAGAAUAACUAUUUUUAAAUUUGUGCUAUGUUUAAGUUUAGUGGCGUGGUGAAGCAAUAUUUAGUGACUUUGGCCGUACUAAGUUAACAAGCAAUUGUGGAGAAUUCACACAAAGAAAAAUAGUUCUACAUACAAAGAGAGCCGAUCGUCGUGCGGCGGAGGCGGCGGCUCGGAGGGCCCGGAAGGGCGCGCGUCGUGGCGCGUCACGCUGGACCACGACCUCGUGGAAACGCUGAGCGCCAUCUACCCCGAGUGGUUCAAGCCGCAGCACCGACGCGAGCGCAGCCGCGCCGCCUCGCCUGCCUCGCCCGCCUCCACCACCCCUACCUCGCCAGGCACGCCGGCUACAUCGCCGAACGACGACACGUUCAGUUCGGGCGCAGAGGAAAUGGCUAGCCGCCAGGCAGGCGGCGACGAGCCGGCAAGCUCGCCGCCGCGCGUGUCGCCGCCGAAGGUGGUAGUGGACGACAGCCCGCUGCAGCCAGCCAUGGGCAAGCAUAAGGAAUCUUUGAAGGUGAAGCUGAUGAUGAGGAGGCCCAUCAACCAGCUGGUGGCGCAGGGGAUCAUGCCUCCACUUAAGACGCCACCCGCUUACUUCGAACAGUCGAAGCAACUAGAGAGAGCAAAAACUGGAGAUCUGUUAAAAGCUAAAAUCCAGCGACGACCAGAUCGUCAAGAACUUGAAAGAAGGCACAUUUUGGAACAGGAGAGCCAUGUGGACCCGAGCCUCGCGGAGAAGCAGCGCAUGCUCAAGAAGGCUCGUCUCGCGGACGCGCUCAACGACCAGCUGUCGCACCGGCCCGGCCCGCUCGAGCUCAUCAAGAAGAACAUUCUGCACACCGAGGAGGACAUCGAGACCGCCGUCAAGUCCGGCACCCUCGCCUUCCGCGCCACCUCCGAGGGCGCCUCCGGCCGCCCCGAGCACCCCUCCUCCUACUGCGGGCCCCCCGAGGAGAUCUCCCCCUCCCCCUCCCCGCCCUGCCUCCUCUCCCCCGCCCCUUCCCCGGCGCCCGUCCAACACCCCGCUCCCGGCAAGGCCGACAAAAACCGCAAGAAGACCAAACAUAAGCAGCAGCAGCCGAAAGCGCGCUUCAAAUUCCACGAAUACAAAGGCCCCCCGAAUGCGCAUAAAGCGCCUUCACCCCCGGACUCGACCGAGACGCCGUACGAGCUGCUCCUCCAACAACAGCAGCUGCUGCUGCAGUUGAUGCCGGCGUCGCCGGCGCCCUCUUCCGUCGCGUCGGAUUCCUCGGACGCGUACUCGGCGCCCCCGCCUCCGCCGCCGCCGCCGACGCCGCUGCACGUCACGCUGCAUCACCUGCCGACACGGUACGAAGACAUGAAGGUGUCCGACCUUCGGGCGGAAUGCAAGCGGCGCAACCUGCGCGUCUCCGGGCCCAAGCCGCAGCUGAUCAGCCGUCUGCGACCGUUCCUUCUGGAGAAGGGGGAGGAACCCCCGCGCUCGCCGGCGUCCGUCGCCUCGGUCGCCUCCGUCGCUUCGCCCGAGUCGCGCUCCGAGCCGGAACCGCCGGAGGACAUCGUGCAGUCCCAGCGCAGGCAGAUCGAGGAGCUCGAGCGGAAGCUGGAGGCGUCGCGCCAGCAGUUGGAGGCGGUGAGGCGCGAGGCGGCCGGCGCGGCCGCCAGCGACCAGAGCCGGAGGCUUCUCCAGGCGCACCUGUGUGUCACGCAGCUGCGCGCUCAGCUGGACGCCCUGCAGCAGCCCCCCGCGCCCGCCGCGCCGCCGCCGGCCGCGCCCGCCGUGCCGCCGCCGCCGCGCUACGUGCUGGCCACGGCGGACGCCACGCCCGACCGCCUGGUGCGCCUCUUCACCGUCGCGCAGCCCGCCGCCGCGGACGUGGUCGACCCGAUCGCCGCCAAGACGGCCAACUACAUCCUGAACGGCGUCAAGGUGGUCCCUAUCGCGAUAUUACCCUCGCCGCAUUAUGAACCCGAGCGCGCGGCCGCGCCGCCUCCGCCGCCGCCUCCUCCGCCGAUGCCGCUCCCGACGCUGCACGACCGCAACGAGGACAUGGAUGAUGUCAUCGAGUUGCUUGUGGAAAAUGGCGAGCUACCGCCUUCGGUAGUGGGCGCGGCGGAGACCCGGCCGAUGCGGACGGAGUUCUUGACCGAUAGCGCCGACGCGUUCUCGCCGGCCGAAGUCCUCGGAGACGGCCGGACGCGGGAUUCGCUCGCCGCCGACGAGCUGCAGCGCGAGCUCAAUGACAUCCAGAACGAGAUCAUGAACCACGCCGAUCUCCACGCCGUCAACGGCAACCGCUGCGACAUAGACUCGGCCACGGCCGACAUCGACCCAGAACUCAGCGUCGAUUUACUAACAAACAACGAUUUCCACCCGGACUUCAGCUCCGAUCCGACGUCCGGCGACCACGACGACUUUUUCGGGCUGCUGUCGGGCGAGGCGGACCGCGCGGACGAAACCUCCCAGACCGCGAUGGACAUCGGCGAGGACCCGCCCGAGCGCAUGGCGAUGACCCCGCUCACCAACGGCGACAUCCUCGACCACACGAGAACCGGUUUCGAGGACAUGGACGACCUGUCGCUCCCGUCUUUCCAGGAGGACAUGAUCCAGGAGCGGCCGUGCGAGUUCGACCUGAAGGAGUUCGGGAUCGACAUCGGGUCGAACAUGACGGUGGACGGGGACGCGUACGACUACAUGGACACGGAGCUGAUCCCGAACCUGUUCGGGCGCGGGCACGUGCCGCAGCGCGACCCGCUGCUGGGCGCCGUGCUGUCGCGGCCGCCGCCGCGCCCCGCGCGCAAGCACUACUCGUGGGACCGCAUCGAGUACGACGCCACCUGACA